AUGGACGACUUUCAGACCCUCAAGACCCGCCUCUGCAUCAUCGGCAGUGGCCCCGCCGCCUACACAGCCGCCAUCUACGCGGCCCGGGCCGAACUGAAGCCCGUUCUCUUCGAGGGUUGGAUGGCCAACAACAUCGCCCCCGGCGGCCAGCUCACCACCACCACCGACGUCGAGAACUUCCCCGGCUUCCCAGAAGGAAUCCUCGGCUUGGACCUAAUGGCAAAGUGCCGAAACCAAUCCCUCAAAUUCGGCACCGAGAUCUUCACCGAAACCGUGACGAAAGUCGAUUUCUCCACUCGUCCCUUCAAGGUCUUCGCCGAUUCCAAGGCCGUCCUCGCCAAUUCGGUGAUCGUCGCCACCAGUGCCGUUGCGAAACGGUUGAACUUCCCCGGCGCCGAAGACGGUCCCGGAGGGUUCUGGAACAAGGGAAUUUCGGUUGAUUGGUUCUCAUGUAUUUGUGUGUGCCCAUUGGAGCUGGAACUCUGA